GAUCUAGGACUUUCCAAAGUAGGCCGCGCUAACGAACGUGAAACUUUCCUCAUUACCAACCCAUGUGGCACAUAUGGUUACUGUGAUCCUGCGUAUCGGGAUACUGGUGUACUCACAAAAGAAUCUGAUGUUUAUUCAUUUGGGGUUGUAUUAUUUGAAGUCUUAUGCGGGAGGUUGUGCUUUAAGAACGUAGAUAAUGAACAUAGGUUUCUAGCCCCUUUGGCCCGACGCAAAUCUGAAGAAGGCAAAGUACAUGAGAUUAUUGAUCCUGCUAUGAUGGAGCAAUUACCCUCGGGUUCAUGGAAUAAGAUAUCGGAAAUUGCCUAUAAAUGCUUGCAUAAUGCACGGAAAAACCGACCCUCAAUGGGUUGGGUGGUAAAGGAACUCAAGCAAGCAUUGGAAGUGCAGGUUUUGUAUUGUAGCACCAUGGAUCUUAAAAUGGAAAAGAUUGGGGUUGAAAUGAUUGUCCAUGAGAUUUUCACAAGGCUUCCUGCCAAAGCUAUAGGUCGUUUCAAAUGUUUAUCGAAAUUUUUUCGUAAGGAACUGUCAAAUCAUAAUUUUGAGAUUAUGCAUUCUCGGCGAAUUCUAAGUUCGCUACAAAAGAAACUUCUAUCCUUGAAAGAUAACUCAAUUAUUGUUGACAACAUAGUAGGCGGGAAUUUAGAAGCCGAUACAAGCAAAACCAUAAAUUCUCCAUUUAAUGUCCAUCCUUCUUUCUUACGUAUUAUAGCUUCAUUUAAAGGCCUGCUAUUAGUUUGCAAUGAAAGGAUUUGUUGUGAGCUCAUACUUUGGAAUCCAACAACGAGGCGCUUUAAGUUUUUGUCCGACGACUACUUUAAUCUUAAUUUCGUUCUAAACUCUGAUACAGGUGGAAUGUAUUUUGACGACUCCAAUGAUCUCAAAGUUCUUCACAUCAAACGUUACCGUAAUGUUGUUAAUGCUCGUGUUUAUUCACGACGCCGUGAGUCUUGGAGAAUGAUAAAUUCGUUGAACAUAACUAAUUUUGCUUCACUACAUUACUCAUGGUCUCACGGAAUUUAUUCCGGGAAAACCAUAUAUUUCAUGGUUUCCAACAAUUGGUUUCCACCAGGUGAGAGACACAUAGUGGCCUUCGAUGUUUUUUCUCAAUCUUUCAGCACACUUCCUUUUCCCGAGGUUAUGGAAGUGAAUCAUUGGCAAGGACAUUUUUUGAGCAUUGCAAGGAAGCUGCAUGUGAUUGUCGUUGGAUGGGCUGAUGGGCUAUUUGCUGAUUUGUUCAAAUUUGAAGAUGAGACGUGGAUCAAGGUGUUUUCUUUCAAUAAGCCUCAUAUAGUUGAUUAUCUUGAAAGGCGUCGAAGGACCAAUAUAAUUCAAGACAACAAGUGGCUCAUAACAAGCAUUUGGGGUGAUAUUGUUGAAGUUGACCUGUGCAAUGAAUCUUUCAAGUACCUCCAACAUGUUGACGACUACAGCGGUCCGAAAGGAGCCUUAUUUAUCGAGACCAUUGUUUCGCCUAUAGAUUAGAAAUUAUUAUUGUAUGAUACAUUGAUUUGUGUGUGUUUUUUCGAACUUUGUUUGUUGUUUCAAGUUUUUGAUAAUAUAUCCUUUCUUAAUUUGAAUAAUAAAAGAACUUCUU